ACUGGGUCACCCGCUGGGGCUCCAAGGAGAUGACCCGAAACCGCUUCAGCGUGGAGAACGUUUUCCGCCACAACUCCACCGCCAACAUCUUCAUCGACCUGGUGCGCGACUUCAAGGAGAAGCAGAUGGACCAGCCCGACUGUCCGGGCAUGCUCACCGCCGAGGAGGACCUCGACACGCUGUACUCCUACUUGGAGACGCUGGCCCGGCAGACGUGUGCUGUUUUACGAGGAGGCGCCAAACUGCUUCGCCUAGGCGGCUGCGAGCACAACUCCAUCUUCGUGGUGGGCGACCUGCAGGGCGGCCUCCGCGACCUGCUGCACAUCGAGUCGAUGCUCUUCCGCUCCGCCCCCGUCACCGGCAACUCGGUGCUCUUUCUGGGCAACUACACCGGCCCCGCGUACUCCUACGGCUUUGAGGUGCUCCUCUAUCUUUUCGCCCUAAAGGUGGCCAUGCCCAACAACUUUCACUUGCUGCGCGGGAAGAAUGAGAUGCGCACCUUCAAUGGCGUUCACCUAAAAGGGGAGCUGGUGAACAAAUUCGGCGACGACAUGGGCGAGAAGAUACUGGACCUCUUUAACCUCGUUUUUGACUGCAUGCCCGUCGCAGCCGUUCUUAAUGAGUCAGUUCUGUGCACGCACUCGGGAAUACCGAAUCUGGUGGGAGGAGGAGGGAAGAGGCGGCCGCUGAUUGCCGCCUUCCAGGCGGAGGUGGCCAACAAAACCGACUUUGCUGAUCCACGCAAGGAGAUGCCCAUUGGCUAUGAGAUGAUGGUAAACAUUCCCGUCCGCUACGCGCACAGCAACGAGGAGAAGACGGCGGCAAAGGCGAGGGGUUUUGAGGCCUCAGUCAACGGUCUGUACCACUACUACAGCUCCAAGGCCUUUGAGGACUUUAUGGCCGCCAAUGGGCUGCAGUUUCACCUGCGAUCGCACAAUCCGGUAGAGGAGGGCUACGCACUGUGUUUUAGCAAUCGCAGUCUGACGGUGCACUCCUGUCGGCGCUUCAACGCUACCACCCUGCCCUACAUUGCCGUCCUCCAG